AAAGGGGUCCCCGACUCCGCCGCGGGCGCCUCCCACGGUCCAGGGGCGCGACCAGCUCCCGCGAGCCUCGCUCGCCCCCUGCUGGCCACGAGUCGCCUUCCCCGACGACGAGCACGUCCACGACACUCACGCGCUGAGGUGACUGUGUGUUUUUGAGGAGGACGGUAAUCUGUAGCCUACGCCCAGGCACCCCAGGCUUUGUCCGGCCGGGAGGACCCGGCCCAGCGGUCCAGCCUGAAGCCCCUGGAGUCCGCGGCAGAGCUACGACGGGGGCUGCGGGAAGCCCGCCAUCCAAGCGCCGCCGCUCGGACUCCACCGGCCCCUCGGCCGUCAGGAUGGGAAUGUGGGCCCCGACAUCCGGGGCCCCUCGGUGGCCGCCCACGCGGGCCCUGGGCACGGACGCCUCAGCUCGCCGGGCACCACAGAGAGCCGGCAAGCGAUCGGGUGCCGCGGGACCGGCAGGCGGAGCCUCCCAUUGGCCGCGGCCUCAGAAGUCCUCCAUUGGUCGAAAGCCAGGAGGGCGGAGGCCUCCAUUGGCCUGGCGCUGCGCAGUGCCGCGCGGCCUUCUGGGAGUUGUAGUCACAGCGUCGCCGGCGCAGCCGCCAUUGUUCCGUGAGCGGCUAGUCCGGUGGUCGGGUUGGUGGAGGCGGCCCUGUGAUUUGGGGCUCUCCUCGGGCUUCUGUCCUCAAUCCGUCGGCCCCAGAUGGGCCCCGAGGACGAAGCAGCAGGAGUGACGAUGGCUGCAGAGCUACCGGCCGUUCGACUGCAGGAGCCUGUGACCUUCCGAGAUGUGGCUGUGGACUUUACCCAGGAAGAGUGGGGGCAGCUGGACCCUACGCAGAGGACCCUGUACCGUGAUGUGAUGUUGGAGACCUUUGGGCAUCUGCUGUCUGUGGGUCCUGAGCUUCCCAAACCUGAAGUCAUCUCCCAGCUGGAGCAAGGAGCUGAACUAUGGGUAGCAGAGAGAGGAAUCACACAGAGCUGUCAUCCAGGCUGGGAGCCUAGACCUGAAAGCCAGGCAUCUUCCAAGGAGCAGGGCCCUCAAGAAGAGGAGCCAUCCCGUGUCACGAAAGAGGAAGGAUCCCCAAGGGGAGUGUCCUAUCCCUCCGUGUCGGGAAAAGACCGGGAACAUGAGGGCCAGGGCCAGGCACUCGAGAAGGGCCAGAAUAGCAUGAGACAACUGGGAUUUGGUCUCAAGGAAGCACCAGUUCAGGAUCUACACUAUGAAAGUCUCGGACUUGGGGAAAACCAGGUCCUGAGCACAGACCCACAUCCGUUCCCAGAAAUUUCUAAGACAGAAUACAUCUGUCCUUAUGGCUCACAGGUCACAAACUUGAAACCUAAAUCAAGCUCAGUCAGUCAACAGACAGGCUCCCCCGGGAAAGAGACCUGUGAAAACAAUGACUGUAGCAAAGCUUCCAGUCAGGCUGUUCCAGAACUCACAAAAACCCAGGUACAGGAUAAACCCUACAAAUGUACUGACUGUGGGAAGUCAUUUAACCAUAAUGCACACCUCACAGUGCACAAGAGGAUUCAUACAGGAGAAAGGCCUUAUAUGUGCAAAGAGUGCGGAAAGGCCUUCAGCCAGAAUUCCUCCCUCGUUCAACAUGAGCGAAUCCACACGGGAGACAAACCCUAUAAAUGUGCUGAAUGUGGGAAAUCUUUCUGCCACAGCACACACCUUACUGUCCAUCGGAGAAUUCACACUGGGGAGAAACCCUACGAGUGUCAGGACUGUGGGCGGGCCUUCAACCAGAACUCUUCACUGGGCCGGCAUAAGAGAACACACACUGGGGAGAAGCCAUACACCUGCAGCGUGUGUGGGAAAGCCUUCUCUCGGACCACCUGCCUUUUUCUGCACCUGAGGACUCACACGGAGGAGCGGCCCUACGAGUGUAACCACUGUGGGAAGGGUUUCAGGCACAGCUCCUCCCUGGCCCAGCAUCAGCGAAAACAUGCUGGGGAGAAGCCCUAUGAAUGCCGGCAAAGGCUCAUCUUUGAGCAGACGACAGCUUUAACAAAGCACCAAUGGGCAGAAGCCCUCAGCUGUGACCCACCUUUGAGUCAAGAUGAGAGGACUCACCAAAGCAACAGGCCCUUCAGAUGUCAUCAGUGUGGGAAAUGUUUCAUUCAGAGCUCUCACCUCAUCCGACAUCAGAUAACUCACACCAGAAAGGAGGAGCCCAGCGGACGUAACCGACGACGGGAGCAGUCCUCGGACGCAAGUUCACACUCAGCACAGCACUCGAGUUCAGGAGAGAAUUCUGCGGACCAAGCAAAGUCAGGACAGCCAGCAAGCAGGGCCCUUGCAUUGUUUGACAUCCGUGAAAUCGUGCAAGAAAAAAACCCUGUGCAUGUUAUUGGGGUGGAAGAGCCUUCCAUGAGCACUUCUGUGUUAUUUGACAUCAGGGAAUCCACAGGUUUAUUUAGAAUAGCGCUGAGCACGGACCUGAGCGUGGCCGUCUGUGCCUCUGUGGGAGUGCGUCCCAUCUCACAGGCCCCAGGCACACGUCUGCUCCUCUCUGCAGGCAUAGGCAGGGCCCUGGGUUCGUGUGAUGAUGAAGCUCUGACAUUCCUGCAGACCCUGCUCCAAGGUUCCAGCCUUUCUGUUUCUGAGUGCCGCUGCCAGAUGGCUGUCCCCAAGAGUUCCCUGAGCCCAGUGCCCUGGGAACAGAACAGCUUCUUUCAAGUGAAGGUGGAAGAAGAAGAAGCCAGCCUCUCUCCAGGCCAGCAAUCCGGCCUUGACCACACUGCCCACCCUGAGGCUGCACGUCUGCGCUUCCGGCACUUCCGCUACGAGGAGGCAUCCAGCCCACAGGAGGCCCUGGCCCGGCUCCGAGAGCUGUGUCGCCAGUGGCUGCAGCCGGAGACGCACUCCAAGGAGCAGAUGCUGGAGCUGCUGGUGCUGGAGCAGUUCCUGGGCACGCUGCCCCCCGAGAUCCAGGCCUGGGUGGGGGCCCAGUGCCCCACGAGUGGAGAGGAAGCUGCUGUGCUGGUGGAGGAUCUGACUCAAGUGCUGGAGAAGAGAGGCUGGCAGCCCGGAGUGGAGCCUACGGAGGCAAGCUGCAAGCAGGGAGGUGUGGAGGAGUCAGAACCAUCAGAAGGGGCCGCUGAAACCCUCAUGGGAGGUUUUUCCUUGGGACCUACCUUUGUUGAUGCCUGUGAGCCUGAGGGCAGCUCAGAGAGGCAGGUAGGGCUCUUCAACGAGAUCUGGACAAAGGCUGUCACUCAAGAAGUAGGUUUUGGGAGAACUUCACGGCCCUGCCAGGAUGCCCCUGCAGAUCAGCCUGUCUAUGAAUCUGGUGCCUCGGGAACUGGUUCCGACAUGUGGUCCACUUUCACCUGCCAAGAGAAAGCUGAUUCCGAGCAGAGGUCCAGUCCGGCGAGUGGUUGUGGGACAGAGCCUCCCUGCCCACACUCAGGGAAGAAAUCCUUCCCGUGUGGCAGGUGCAGGAAAACCUUCCAGAGCGCCUCAGCCCUCGAGGCUCACGAGAAGAGCCAUUCUCGCAAGACUCCCUACGCCUGCAGGGAGUGUGGCAAGGCCUUUGGCCGGAGCACUCACUUAGCCCAGCACCAGGUUGUCCACACGGGGGCGAAGCCCCACCAGUGUAAGGAGUGUGGCAAGGCCUUCAGUCGGAUCACCCACCUGACCCAGCACCAGAGGAUCCACACUGGAGAGAAACCGUACAGAUGUGGAGAAUGUGGCAAAACCUUCAGCCGCAGUACCCAUCUCACCCAGCACCAGCGGGUGCACACGGGGGAGAGGCCCUAUGAGUGUGAUGAGUGUGGAAAGGCCUUCAGCCAGAACACCCACCUGACCCAGCACCAGCGCAUCCACACCGGGGAGAAACCCUACAAGUGUGACGCGUGUGGGAGAGCCUUCAGCGACUGCUCAGCUCUCAUUCGACACCUGAGAAUACACUCUGGGGAGAAGCCGUAUCAGUGCAAGGUGUGUCCCAAGGCCUUUGCGCAGAGCUCCUCCCUCAUCGAGCACCAGAGGAUCCACACGGGAGAGAAGCCGUAUCAGUGCAGGGACUGUGGGAAGGCCUUCAGCCGCAGCUCAGCCCUCAUGGUGCACCUGAAGAUCCACAUCACAGUGCUGCAGGGACUGGCGGACACCCUCCGGGAGUAGCACAGCACCCACUUAGGCUCAGCCUCCGAGAGAUACUGAGUUCUGAAAGAGCCAAGAACGGGUGGACAGCUGAGGAGCCCCCCAGACGGUAAGUGGCCGAGGACAGACUGCAUUGAGGAUCCAGACAGAGGCCACGGACAGACACAGCAGCUGGAGGAGCCUCCAGGAGGAUCCUUGCACGUCUCAGAGAGAACAGCCGAGCUGCAGAUUCGGAUUGGUUCUCAGGACCAGGGCAGGUGAGAGGAGAUGUCUGUCAGAACUCAGUUACCCAAGAGGCCUGGGACAGGGAGGCACCAGCUUCCUGUUCUUAGGGCUGCUCUUCUUGCCUGUUCCUCUGCCACCCAGCCCAGAAGGGACAUCUGGCAUGCCUGCCUCUGUGCCUUUGAACCUCUUUCCACUUCACCCUCCUGGGUGCUGACUGGUUGAGGCUGCCUCCCCAGGCCCUCUGGCCCUCUCCUGUGCUCCCUGUCUCAUUUGGUGUUGCUACCUGACACUUGCUUACAAU